UUUUUUUUUUUUUUUUUUCUUUUCUCUCUCUCUCUUUUAACUUCUUUUGCAGUAUAUACCUUCUUAUGUCUUUAAGUGAUGACAAGUAUUAUUUACCAUCUACCUUGGAACCAAAAAGAGAUGAACAUUCGACAGAUGUUAAAGACAGAGAACCUUUAAAAAAUUAUUUAUCUAGUAGGCAACUUCCUGCAUUAGAUACACUUCAAAAUAAUUAUCAUAAUGAUGAUUAUAUUCGUAUUAAACUUUCGGGAAUGUCCGUAGGUGUUUCACCAAAUUCGUCCCCUCGUGGCCAUCCUCAAUAUCAACAUGAACAACGUGGUAGUGAAUAUUUUCCACCGCAAGUAGAGGAAAGACGUGUCUUCGAUCCCAUAAGAUCCUCUAAUCAAACACCGUUAAUAAGAAGAAUCAUGCAUCAAGACCCAUUAUUAGCCCAAAGAAGACAUUCUAUUGCAAACAUGGAUUUAAACACAAGAUCAUCAACAAAUGAGUCACAUAUAUACCACCAUUCACAACAGACCCACCAACACCAACACCACCAACAACAACAACACCAACAACAGCAACUUGCAGGCCAUUAUUCUGCUCCGUCAAGCCCACCUCUAUCUAACCAUCAAAAAUUAAAUAAGCAUACAUUUUCACCUUACAGAAUCAAAUCACAUAAUAACAACAUCGAUGAUGAUUUACCUCCUCCACCAUUACAACAAAUGCGUCGUAACUCUUCUGCACUGGUCUAUCGAAGUAAUAACAAUAAUCUAUCAUCCCGUCGAAUGUCUUCUUCAUCAUCUUCGUCAUCGUCUUUGAAUCGGAUGAACCAAAUUGGGACUUUCUCAAAGCAUCAUCAUCAAGAAGAAGAGGAAGAUGAAGACGACAUAAUUAUUAAUAAACAACAAAGAGAGGACAUGGAAGGCUUAUAUUCUAGAAGUCCUGAACUUCGUAUCAGCCACAAGUUGGCUGAACGAAAGAGAAGAAAAGAAAUGAAGGAUUUAUUUGAAGAGUUGAAGGAUGCUUUACCUGUUGAUAAAUCAAUGAAGACUAGUAAAUGGGAGAUACUCAGUAAAGCUGUGGAAUAUAUUGGCAUGCUAAGACACAGAGAUUAUAAUAUGGAGCAAGAAUUAGUCAUGUUGAAGCAUGAAUUGGAGACUUUAAAGACUGAAACUCAUACUUACCGUUAGUCAUACCUCAAUAUUUUUUUUUCUUUUUUUUUUCACUAUGAAUAAAUAUCAUAACCCACUUAUUGGGUAUGCACUAUUAA